AUGUUGCAAGUUCUGAAGGCAGACAGCGACGCAGCGGUAGAACGGUUCAAGAAAGCGAAAGCCGAUUCGUCCCUUGAAGAAUGUUUUGCAGAUCUCUUUCCAGAUGCUUCGAACUCUCUGAUCCCAUUUCUUCCUGCCACUAUCGGAACCAUUGCUGAUAGCCUUGGUGCUGGGGUUCCCCCUGGUCCAGUCGCCCCGGGAGCGGGUACCGCCAUCGUCGCGGCUGUAUCCCUUCUACAGGGUCUUCCUGUCGGUUUUAUGCCUGCGGAUCUGGACCAGCUAUGUGGAGCAGACCGCAAUCGCCAGCAGCCACAGACUGCUCCUGCUCCCCCUCAGCGAGGACCCUUGGUCAGCUUCCAGGCGCACUUCCUCCCCCCCUUGCCAGUGGCGCAAAGCUUCGCCGCCGCCGGUCACAACCCGUUCCCCUUGAUUGAUAACUUGGCCAAGGCGUCCCAGAACUGGAGGCUUCCCUUCCCGCCUCCGCCUGGAGGCACCUCAUCGCACACGGCUACAUCAAUAUCUCACACAACCAUAGUCUCCACUACCACAGCGCACACAACUCCUCCCGCCACCACACACACUACGGAGACUCCUCCGCACACUUCAACGACCACAAAUCAUCCUUGA